AUCUUUCUCUCUCUUUCUCUCUCUCUCUCUCUCUCUCUCUCUCUCACGCUGCUGCAGGGUCAACAAUCGAAUCUGAGAUCGCGGGACGAUAGACGAACGAUGACGACGGCUGAUCGAGGGAAAUAGGCGAGCCUUGCGUACACGGGACUUCGGUAAAGAGGACAACGGUGGUUUUACCAGCGGAGAAAGGGGGCGAGAGAGGGAGAAAAAGAGGGAGAAAGAAUGAAAGGGAGAUAUAGACAGGGAGGAAUUAACUGUUCCGAGUAGGAAAGUGGUGCGAAAACGGAAGAAGUAUGUGCGAAUUUGUAUUUAGGUUUACGAAUGCGUUAAGCGCGCUUUACAGCGCCUGGUUUACGGGGGUACGCGUAACGCACUUCCCCGAUUCCGUGCAGCCUUGGCCCACAUUUCCGAUCGUUGUGCUUAGCGCCGAACUAAGCGCCUUACCGAUAUGCGAGUGAUACGUCCGGCAACGCGAAAACUCAAAAAGAGAGAAAGGAAAGGGAUUGAACGGGGAUCGAAAGUUCACAGCAAAUGUAGGAGAAAUGGACGCGGUGCCCGAAGCGACUUCCGGUUGCUACUCGAACUCGCGGUCUUUUAAAAGUACGGGAACGUCUCCCUUUUAGAGAGAAAGCGUUUCUUUAUAUUCUCGCGAGUAUCCCCGCGUGAACGUGAGCGAUAUCGGGAGGAUGUUGAGCGAGGAGUUUUACGUAACGUAUACUGUGAGAAAUGACGUGAUCUUUAAUAAUUGCUUAUCGUUGUUGAUACGGUAAGGGGUCAGAGAGAAAGCAAGUCAGCCUUGAACACGACGCGUGAUAAGCAAAUUAUACGCGGUGUCCCGUAUUUGGUGGUACAACGGAAAAGAUAUCUGCAGUGACUAUGCACUUGGACUAAUUUUCAUUCGCGUGGAAUCGUUGGUUUCUCGGUUGCAUCGUCAAUUACGGGACACUGAGACCCACGAGGAAACGUAUGUGCGGAAUGUGUCUAAAAGGGAUGCCACACAUUUUUUCAGGUGUACACUACAUCUGAAAAUUAAAAGAAAAAGCAAAUCCGCCUCUCGUCUCUUAAUAUACACGCUGCGUUCAUGAGGGACUGAAGCAAUUUGCGUGAAGCUUAUAAGCGGUGUCGCUCGGAAUAUACAACCGAGCCGGAGCCGCGCUGAAACGCGCGCUGCUUGAUGCCAGAGGAAGUCACGACAUGACGCGAAGCUAGACGAGUGCAAGGAGAUUCCCCCGAUCAGCAUGUGGACGAAUCACUUGAUAGUGGCGGCAAUUGUACUCGCGGUUGCCAACGUCUGUCAUGCGGAGUGCCAGACUCGCUCCGUUUACUGCUACGAAUGCGACUCAUGGACGGACCUCAGAUGCAAGGAUCCGUUCAACUAUACGGCGCUGCCGAGGGAUCAGCCACCUCUAUUGACUUGCAACGGGUGCUGCGUUAAAAUGGUCCGCAACGCAAAAUCACCGUACGAAAGCGUGAGGAGGACCUGCACAUCGCAGCUACAAAUAAACUUAUUCAUGGUGGACCACGUGUGCAUGAUGGAAAGUACCGGCACUGGUCACAUGUGCUUCUGUGAGGAGGAUAUGUGCAAUCGUGUACCCCCGACCUCGCGCUCGAAUCCCGUACUCCUGCUGAUCCUGUCGACCAUCCUUGUUCUACGCUCGGCCGUCUUAGGAGCCUCAGCUUGCUUUGUAGAACGUUGCAAUGAUCACGUCGUAUAACACCAAUUAACUCUAUCCACCCAUCGCAGUGGCGUCCAAUCAUAUCCUUCGUAGAGAUUCUAGCGAGUCGACAACACGACCACUCGUCGGAACGAACGAUCGAGCUGGCUUCGAUCCCUAGAGGGGCUAGAUUCCCCCGUUAGAGAGAGGUAAACGAGAGGAACGGUCGAGAGUCCGAGACACACACGUAUGAAAGUAUCCGGGGACGAUCGACCAGUCACAUUAUAUUGUUAUCAUUGAUUUUCGCGAUGCGCGCGUUACCGGUAUCGGUCGUCGCGAAUCGCGUAGAAAAGAGAUAUAUUUGUAUGACAUAUAUAGAUAUUUUAUCGAAGUUGCAUAUCUUAGAGAAUGUGCGGACGCUCAGACGAGUUCGGCAUAUAUACUAUAUAUAUAUAUAUAUAUAUAUAUAUCGGCUGUUGGGUAAGAGAUAAUAGACACGGAAUAGUAGAGAGCCCUACGAGAUAGUAAUCGCGUUCGUUUAUUCUUGUAUGAGGGAUCUCGUUACUGCGCGCUACCGACAUGCACAUGAUUCCUCUCUCUUACAUUAGCUUUAAAUUGUGAGAAAAGGUGAAAUUGAAGAUUAUAAAAAUUGCGUACACUUCCGAGAGUAUUCAGAAGAGCGGAGACUCUGAAUCUCGUUACGGUUCAGAAGCGCCCGUUUUACAGAUUUUCGAGCAAGUCGUUGAGGUCGCGUCGCGGUAAUAACAUAAUACAUUUGCUCGUGGUCGAUGAGAGAGACGAGAUUCGGUCUUCUCGUCUCACCGUCGUGAGAAUCGCUCAGUCUGUGUGCGUCGUUCGUUCCGAUCACUGGCCUUAGACAGCAUCGAGAGUUACUCUAGGCGUUUCUCGUGUAGAAAUCAUCCCGACUGUCCAGUCGAUUUCUCUGACGAUCUCGGCGCCGAGCCCGAGCUCGUUGUUAGUUGCUCUUCGAGCAAGCACGGCUGGCCAUCGUUGCAAUGCAUUCGUGACAUAAACCUCGAGGAAGGAAUUUCGUUGAGUAUGCCGCGAAACAGAAUAAGCCGCGCAUUUGGUAGACGAGACCGUUUGCGAUACGACAUACAGUUCCGCUGAGGGACACUCUUUCUAUCUAUUUUUAUAGAAAUUGCUUGAAGCGCGGUAAUAUUGUGAUAAAUGAAUUGCGGUGUUGAUUAUCCACGGGAAUUAUGUAAUUCCGCAAUGUCUCUUUACUGAAUUUUACGUCGUUCACAUGUCGUUUCCGGCGUAUCCGAUCUCUCAACGGAGAAAAUAAUUAUCAAAUUAUAUCAAAUUACAUUAUAUCAAAUUGACAAGAGUGAUCGUCGAAUUUUUAAUUCGAGGCUGAGAAGAGGCUCUUUGCUGAAUCGACAAGUGAAAGUGCGCGAAAUCGCGAAUCGAGAGACUCGAUUCGGCGAUCAAGCAGGCUUCCUUCCUCGGCGUUGUCGUUGCAUGUACUCGACUGUCGUCUGGGAACAUCGCGAUGUUCGCGAUGUUUGACCAUUUUAUCCUAAUAGUACGACAGAGGGAGGAAAAACAAUGUGGAUACUCUAUCUUUUUUCUCACAACGAUGCACCUCACUACAACUUUGUUUCUCUCAUUCUAAUGCGACAAUGUUCGACGCGACUGGUCGAGUUUCGUUCGACGCGAGGGUCUGUUGAAAAGCACAGUGAAUUGCGCGAGGUAUGACCUCCGACCGUGACGGACGAUGGCAACUGCAUUCGCACAUGACAAUUUUCAAGAAGCACUUGAGUUCUCAGGUCGAGUCUUACACAAGUGACGAGACAAUCGCGAAGGUUCUGUUAAUAUAUUUCGAGAGCACAUUCAGAUAGUACUUCUACUUGCUUAGAAAAAAGAAAAAAAGUCGCCGAAGGUGACGACGUCACUCCACGACGUGAGUCGAAUUCCAAGCGAUGUCAGAAUGAAAAUCUCUCGGAAUCAUAUUUUUGCACUCGUACAUGUCGCUUCAUGUGUAUGUAUGUGUGUGAUAAGAGUCACUCUCUUGCAAUGGUGUCUGUAGCAAAACGCAUUCACACAAUGUGCUUCACACAAUGGUUUUCAAGCAGAGCUCCGAUGAACUGUUCUUCAUAGUCUUCGAAUAGCUAUACGAAGACAUCAGAACGACGGUCGGCGUACAUUCAUUGCGCAAUCCAGUUAAUUUAACGAAAUGCUUUCUCGAUUCUACCCGAUCACGACUCUCUCUCUCUCUCUCUCUCUCUCUAUUUUUCACACAAUCUCUCUCUCUCUCUCUCUCUCUCUCUCUCUCUCUCUCUCUCUCUCUCUCUCUCUCUCUGUUUGCCUCUUCUUCCUUCUGUCGCACAGUCUGAUUCGUCAUCUCUGCACUCUUCUUUCAUUCUAUCUCUUCACUCUUCUUCGAUACAACUCCCUCGUAGACACUUACUUUGCCCGCUCGCCAUUCCAACAAGACAUCGUCAUACUCGAAAAGACGGGAGAGGCAAUCGAGACCACGAUAGAAGGCGAGCUUGUACGAUAGAGAAACGUCCUAUCUUAGAAGGCAUGGGUUGCAGCAUGUGUACAUUCAAGACAGACAGCACCAUCAGAUACAGUGAGAGCCGGCCGGCGAGCAGCGAGGAUGACCUUCUCUAGUUCCCGGGAGUUGCCUGAACCACGUGUGCGCGUGUUUUCCGAAACAGACAGAUGCCACGAUGCAAACGGAAUUACUUUGUUCAAAAGAAAAGUAUCUUAGAGUACUUGUAGCUCGUGUACGUGUAGAAAUUGGACGAUAAUAUUCGGACUGCGAAAGUACCCGGGAGUUCUGAAGCAGUCGGGAGAAAUUUCAAAUUUUCCGACUGCAGGCCGUGGUCUGCUUAAAAGUGCCCGAGACGGAGCGAGUUCCAAAGAUUCUAAAAUUUCAAAAACUUAAUAAGAUAACAUACGAGUGUGAGAGAUUCUCUCGAGAAGCGAUUGAGGGAUCCGAAGAUCACGGAAUCAGAGAGCUGUAAGACUCUAAGGUCCAUUAGACUUUUUGAGAAAUAGAGAGAGAGAGAGAGAGAGAGAGAGAGAGAGAGAGAGAGAGAGAAAUCGCAAGUCUUUCGAGAGACUGUGUGAAUCAAGAGAAACCGAAUCAAAGCUCCCUGGCAGCUAAAAUCGUGAAAAAGACCUUCUGGAAACGCGCGCGCACUUGAGAGUGUAGGCCACCAUAGUGACGGAGUUUUCAGGCACUUAGAAGAGAUUCAAGUCACACACGUAGAAGAAAGUGAAGUGGAAUGCAUGGAUCGUAGCGUUCACGAGGCUGCACGGUUUGCGGAAAGUCGUCGCGGAAAGAUCUCACGUUGAUCACGCGGAUCCGAACUUCUCGAUUGCCUAACAAUUGCACUACUCGCGCAUUACAUUACUCGCAUUAUUAACACACACUUGUCGCGCGCAUUCCUCGUACACGCUGCGGGCGGGUAAACUUCUCUCACUUAGCGCUAUAAAAGUACAGUGUACAUGUAUACUUUAGACGUCGACGCGGAUUUCCGUCGAACAGUUUCCCUCGCUCGACUUUCGAACAGCCGUGCAGCAACACCUUGCAUGUCACUGCAUGACUCUGUCGUUAUUAUUCUUUCGUGUGAACGAGUAUCCCAAUCACACACGGAGUCACUGGUCGAAAGCGAACGCGGUCUCUCUUCUUGAUUCAACGCGUUUCUCAAACCUCACGAUUUAAAAUGUUUAUACUUCAGCUAAGCUGGCAAAGUGAAAGCUCCAUGAAUCCUCAGAGCACUCAAAGUCGCGUGUAUAUUCGUGUGCAUCCAUCCCGACGAUCUGGACCCAAAAUCGACCCGUUGUUCCUUUCCACUGGUGGCUCGUCCACCACAAUAACAGUAACAACAACAGUAACAACAAACACUAACAAUGAUAACAGUUAUGAUAACAACUAUGACAACUACACGAACCACCCACGAUACCUUCCACCCCGACGAAUGCAACGCAAAGACAAACGAAAAGCAAAGCACAACGUGGGCCUUCAGCUUCGAUCGUGCCGCAAAUUAACGAGCCUGUCCCGCCUCUCUCGUAAAAACCGUGCUCGGCUGCUCGCUAAUCUCGUCGUCACUCGUCUCACAAGUCGUACAAGUCGAACACGGACGGAACAGAUCUCGACUAUCCAGCAGAGGAAGCCACUCGAAGGGACUCGCGCUGCUCGAAUCCGAGGCGUGUGUGCCGAUAAUCGCGUUUCGUGAAAAGUUCCGCUUGAAUCUCAACGCUUGGAUUCGAGCUAGCUCAAAUUUCGGCUAGCUCGCCCAUGGAAUCUCGCUCUUUCGACCGAUCGAUGAUUCGACCGUGAUGAAUCCCGUUGAAUUUCACGGAACGCGAGUCACACGCUUCCUCGCGAGCAAAAAUAUAUCGCGCGCAGCGCGGGCAGGGAAAAUUGUCUUCGCAAAUUGGCGAUAUACGGACGCCGAUUCGGUCGCAAUUCAUGAGCGACGGUGGCGGCCGCGCAAUCCCGUAGCGAUCCUCUGCUGAAUACGACCGCGUCGCUCGUGGCUGGCACGACCAGGCUGAACGCUCAUGUCCUCACAGAGAGGCUUUCGAAGCGGAGCCUCUUGCCAAACAAACUUCGGUGCUUGCUUAACCGACAGCGAGCAAACCGGCGUUUCUCUGGCAAGCCAUGCGGCUCGUGUCGCGUCAUUUGUUCAUUGUCGCACGCGCGGCUGCGAGGCUAUCUGUACACGUUUGUUUCCUUCGCUGUUCCCGCUGCUGUUUCGUCCUUCGUGAUCCAACUGAUCUAGCGCGCUACGCUCUCACGUCGGACGUGAGCGCUCGUCGUGCGAUCGGGGAAACUGCUCCCGUGAAAUUGCACCGUGCGAUAAACGUGGGUUCCUCGGUCUUUUAGGAAAUAUUUCAGAUGGCUUGAGAUUUACAUUUAGGAAGAUGACUCUUUAAAAAAGGUAAAAGAAGACCAAAAAGAUGCUUUUUAUCUCGUUUCCACAAAUGUAUGUUCAGACAGAAAGAAAGUUAUCGUCGUUGUUAAGAACAGAGAGAAAGGAUAUUAUCGAUUGCAUCACUAUUUUAAAAGUUUACAUCUGUAAAAUCAUACCGAUUUUUUAAUCUUCAAAUUGAAGUCGUUGUCUUAAGCAAAAAAUAGACAGAAUGUUUCUCAAAACGCACGUACAUCAAAUCUCAUGAAAUGUCCGUAGAAAUUAAUUAAUGAAGAAUUUAAUCGUCAAAGACAAUGUAAUCAAUGUGACUGUCCAGAGAGUGCAAAACAAACGGAGCACGUUCCUCGCUUCACGCCCGAGUCGCAUCUGAGAUACCAGCAAUGUCGAUAUAUCGAAUCCACGCUAAUGAUAAUAAUCGAUACCAAGCCUGGCCUCGCAGCCGAAAAGUAUCCACGUGUAGUUAUUAAAACAGCCUAUCUGCGAUAUGGAUUACUUUAGCUUAGUGAAGACAUCGACGCAAGGACGAGUUUAGAUGUAAGAGACAGAUAUCACGAUCCUUUAACCGGCGAAUCAGUUUCUGAUCAACGUCGAAAAUCUUGCGUUUUCAGUUUUUGCGACGAAAUCAUUGCGGGGAAAAAGGGAGAGACACUGUUAUGUAUACGUAGAUCGAGAGAGAAGUAACGUCAAGAUGUCACGGUUAAAGGAUUAGAAAAUCCCUCACCGGGAUAUGUUUAACUUGCCAUUCAUAUAUAUUGUAUUUCUAUAUGAAUAUAUGAGCAAUUGUAUGAUUAAUAUUGUAUAUAUUAGAUGAUCGAGAGAUAGGUGUAUCUCUUUCGUUUUAUUAUGAUGUGUCGCAACGCGCUCUGUUAAUGUUAGUCUUAUUUGUAAGUUUAAGCAUAUAAAGGCGAUGCGUAAACAGUGUGAACAGUUGAAUAUAUUUUUGCUAUCGCCUGCGUCGAUGGAAUGUAAAUAACGACGUAAAGCACGUCGUUCUUAGUAUCGUUAAUAUAAUUAACGUAUUUUACUGUACACAUCUCGGCAGAGUUCAGUCCACUUUUAUGAAUUUCCGUCAAGUAUCGAUUAAAUUCCCGUCGAUCGUACUCUCAUCUCGAUCUGUGCUCGACGAGCUGACAAAGGGGAAGAUAUAUUUGUCUAAACGUAUUUUAUCCACCUUGCUUUGAUUAACGUAAAUAUAUUUCUUAAUGAAACAACAAUGCGCUUAUCGAAAAGCUCAAUGAUAAGUCUCGUAUGGAUUUAUGCUGCACAUUAAAGCAUUUAAAUGUUCUCUUUAUCUCAAUCACGAUUAUCAACGAUUUCUUUAAGUAUGAAUAUAUUCGCAAUGCCGACUUUUAAUAUCACUUUGAUAACGCUAAAUACCACUGAUUGUCAAUCUAAGUUCGAUCAGUCUGAAAAUAAUUUUAAAACGACGCGUAAAUCGAUCCCGUUUUAUAACAAGCCUUAGGAUAAUGUACUAAAUUAAGCUAAUUAAAACAUGUUGAAUAAAUCCCAAUUAUAAAUUCCAA